AUGGAGAGAUCGAGAGCAAGGCCAGCAGCCCACAGUAACUAUGGCCAAGCUUGCACGCAGUGCUACAGGGCAAAGUGCCGCUGCGUGCGCCCCUCGGUUGGUGAAGAUUGCGAAAGAUGUGUUCGUCUUAAGAAAACAUGCCAGCCUUCAGAGUCGGUUCGCAAGCGGAAUGCUCAAGUAGCUGAAGAGUCUGAAACGCGGAUCGCUAGGCUGGAGGACAAAAUGGAGAGCUUGUUAUCUGCGAUGCAGUCUUUUGUCGGAUCCCCAGGGGCGCCUGGAGCGUCAGUCAACGUCUUUCAGCCCUUUCAGCCCUUCAGCGCAGACACCAUUUUGCCAUCUACUCCUUUUUCGAAUAGCACACUUGUUAACAGCGCGAACACUAGCCUAUCCUUCAGUGAGGGGUCGUCAUCUGGGAGUGGCUCGAUUGCCCCAACAUCACCUCAUCCAAAUCAGCUUUUUCUGUCGCAUCCUUAUUCUCUACCCCCUUCUACCCCAUCACAAUAUCAAGCAGACGACCGCCUCAAUUUCUUUCGGUCCCGAAUGCUACCAUAUUUCCCUUUCAUCAACCUUAACCCUGACAUAACUAGCGGUUAUCUGCGCCAAAACAGGCCUUUCUUAUUCCAAGCCAUCCACACCGUAACCACUUUCUCGACACGGGAAAGACUUGUUCAAGUUGAGAAGCUGAAGCGUCUCCUGUUCACAUCUGCUUUGCUUAAAGUCCAGUCAAAUAUCGACUUACUCCUUGGAUUACUGACCUACCUCGCCUGGAGCACCGACGCGUUUCUUGGCAGAGCAGACCACAUAUCCCGUCUCAUGAUGCUCGCCAUUUCCUUAGUAUAUGGUAUGCGGUUGUUCAAGCCAUCUUCAAUAGACGUGGAAGUUAUGAUGGCCGUGACCCAGGGGCGGAGGGAAGAAAAUAGUCAGAACCCGGACGAUGAAACGCCCUACCGCUUAUUGGAGAGGCAGCGGGCGAUGCUGGCAUGUUUUAUUCUAAGUUCUAAUAUUUCAUCUCACCUUGGGCGUCAAGAUGCCAUACGAUGGACGCCUCAGAUGGAAGAGGCGCUUAGGGCUAUCACAACGGGUGACUCAUGCCCAACGGAUAAGUUAUUUGUCGCUCAAGUACGCCUGCAGCUAUUAAAGCAAAAGGCGGAGUAUGUUCGGCAACUAGCCGAAACAGAGUUUGCUCAUUCAGAGUCAUCUACUGCUCCCGCCUCAGCGCCUCGUUUAUUGUAUCUGAAAACUCUCCGAAGGCAGCUGCAUGAGCUGAGAUCCUCCUUUCCCCCAGAUCUUUCCCAAAUAGGCAAGUUGUUACCCGGCGGAUAA